AUGCGUCUGGUCAUGCAGGGGGUAUUUGGUGUUUAUGGGAUACUGAUAGCUGGAAGCCCCCAAGCCUUAUCAAGACGUGAUCUUUGGUAUAACUUAAAGAACAUUGCCCAAUCAGUGUCUUCUCAACCUUGGUGCUUGGUUGGUGACUUCAAUGCUACUUUGAAUAGUUGGGAUCAUAAAGGUAGAUCGAGGGAUACUCAGAAUCUUGUUUGUCCUUUAUUUCAAGCCUUUAUGAGAGAUUGUAACCUCGUGGAUGCUGGCUUUGUUGGCUCCCUUUUACCUGGAAACGUGGACCUCCCAAAUGUUGUUCGUAAUUUAUGGAAUGAGGCAUCUCCAUGGAAUACUAAUUUGACUACCCUGCAGGAUGGAUUAAGAGAUUGGAACCAAAAUGUCUUUGGUAAUAUCUUCAAGCGAAAAAAGGAAAUUAUGAAGUGGCUUGAUGGUAUAUCUAGGAGUCUCUCACAUGGCCCUAAUGUAUAUUUGGAAGGCCUUCAACAAAGGCUUUGGAAGGACUAUGAGAAAAUCCUGUUGCGUGAGGAGCUUCUUUGGUUCCAAAAGUCUAGGUGUAAGUGGUUACAGUUUGGGGAUAAGAAUAGUAAAUAUUUUCAUGGGACUACUAUAGUGAGACGUAAAAAGAAUAAAAUUGAAAGUUUGCAAGCUGAUGAUGGGAGCUUGAUUAUUGAUGGUUAUGCGUUGGAACAUCAUGCCCUUAACUACUUACAAGGACGAAGAUCUAGCAAUUGA